UGAGAGCACUUACUACACCAGGGUCAACGUUGUAACUGCGCAUACGUAACCAUUUUCAUCUUCGGUUUUCUCAUCAUAAUCGUUUUUGCCUAAUAAAAAAAACAACAAGGAUAAAGGACAAGGCGGAUGUAGAAGUUCUACACGGCACCAAAGCCUUGUCAUUUCCUCAGUCUUGUCAUUUGUCGUUGGUCGUUCGUAUGUCGCGUGAGAACCUCGUCAAUGCAGACUUGAUAUCAUUUUAAUUCGUUUUCGCCAACCGCCUCGCUUACGCUUCAUCUUCCACCUUGGCAAUCGACAAUCGAGCAUCGUACACACAUAAACCUUCAGAAGUGGCCGGGCGACUCAACGAUAAUUAUUCCAUCUGAAAAAAUAGGGCUACAUAUACCCUAUCAAGUUCGGUGUUAUAGCAUGCUGUUCAGGAAAGGGGCAUCUGUAUCGUAUCACUAACACGAUGGCCGCCACUUUUGCUGUUGUCAAGACACUCAUAAUACCCGCCGUCAUAUCCCUUCUGCUUUUCUUAAUAUCGACCUACGUUCUCGUUCCAUUAUGGCAGCAUUAUCGAAUUCGAUACAGCCACUACCUCCCCCUCGACAGAAUAUCGGACCACACAUCAUCUAUACGUACCAGGGUCCAAGAUGCGAUAGCAAGAUGGAUGAUACCGUCGAGAUGGCGCUUCGGCUUGCGCGAUCGCAUGGCUAUGGGAGAUGACGACGCCUCCGACUUAGGCUUUAGUUCCGAGGAGGGUGAGGAAUUAGACGAUGUAGAUGAUGAUCGUCGACACGCGCUUUCAUUGGAUAAUCAUAUUCUCGGUCACACGGAUAGUAUGAGGAGGUUAAGCCGAGAUUUGGAGGAAGGGUUCCGAGAUGAUAGUGAUGAAGAAGGUGAGGGCGCACGUCAGGUUAGGAGAUAGUAUACCUCUCGUAUGUUAACUCUGUUCAUCAAUCCCACGGGUUUGGGGUAAUAAAUUAGUGCAUUGGACAUCCAUGGAUGGUGAAAUAUUGUAUAACUACCUACGGGGGAGUUCAAAGGCUUGCUACAACAUCCGGCCAUGGCAUCUCUGUUAUAAAGCAAGCACAGCACAAAAUGAUUUUGUAAGCCACUUUGAAAAGCUUGGAGUUUGGAGCUGGUGGUUCCCACAAGGUGUUUUCUUCCUGGGCCUCCAUUCAUGGCGUUUACGAUCCUUCCACUUUGCUUGGGACCCAUUGUCUGGUUCAGACAUGUUGGCUCGACAGACAGCCCAAAUGCCAAAACGCUAAGAUGCUGGAAAUACUACAGCACAGUUCACCUCGCAGAUUGUAUACUAAGUACCUAACACUGGUCAACACUCUGAAUGUUAUUAUUUAAGGUACGAAAUUAGAAUGUUUGAUGUUAUCUAGCGCCAGCUUGAAUAUGGUGGUUGAACAGCCCGGUUUAGCUAUUUCCUGAAAUAUACAGCACAUACUGAACC